AACUGAGAGUUGCAAUUAAGCUGGGGCUAGGGUCACAAGUUCUCGCCAGUCGACCGAAGCAGCGAAGGAAUCAGAGUGAAGCUGAGGGGACCGGGGGCAGGCGGCUCACACGGGGAGGGCCUGCGGAGUCUCCUUGGCGAUGGCGGCUUCAGGGAGCGGUAUGGCCCAGAAGAGCUGGGAACUGGCCAACAACAUGCAGGAAGCCCAGAGCAUAGAUGAGAUCUAUAAGUACGACAAGAAGCAGCAGCAGGAGAUCCUGGCGGCCAAGCCCUGGACCAAGGAUCACCAUUAUUUUAAGUACUGCAAGAUCUCAGCCUUAGCCCUUCUGAAAAUGGUGAUGCAUGCUAGAUCAGGAGGCAACUUGGAAGUGAUGGGUUUGAUGCUCGGGAAAGUGGAUGGUGAAACCAUGAUCAUUAUGGACAGUUUUGCCUUACCAGUAGAGGGCACUGAAACUCGAGUUAAUGCUCAAGCUGCUGCAUAUGAAUAUAUGGCAGCAUAUAUAGAAAAUGCAAAACAGGUGGGUCGACUUGAAAAUGCAAUUGGCUGGUAUCACAGUCACCCUGGCUAUGGUUGUUGGCUCUCUGGGAUUGAUGUUAGUACCCAGAUGCUCAAUCAGCAGUUUCAAGAACCAUUUGUAGCAGUAGUUAUUGAUCCAACAAGAACAAUAUCUGCAGGAAAGGUGAAUCUUGGUGCCUUUAGGACCUAUCCAAAGGGCUAUAAACCACCAGAUGAAGGUCCCUCUGAGUACCAGACUAUUCCACUUAAUAAAAUAGAAGACUUUGGAGUACACUGCAAACAGUAUUAUGCUUUGGAAGUCUCUUACUUUAAAUCAUCUUUGGAUCGUAAAUUGCUUGAACUUCUGUGGAACAAAUAUUGGGUAAAUACUCUGAGUUCUUCUAGCUUACUUACGAACGCAGACUAUACCACUGGACAGGUCUUUGAUUUAUCUGAAAAACUAGAACAGUCAGAAGCCCAGCUCGGACGAGGGAGUUUCAUGUUGGGCUUAGAAACACACGACCGAAAGUCAGAAGACAAACUUGCUAAAGCAACAAGAGACAGCUGUAAGACCACCAUAGAAGCUAUCCAUGGAUUGAUGUCUCAGGUUAUUAAGGAUAAACUUUUCAACCAAAUUAACAUUUCCUAAAGAAUACCAUAAAGUAGUCACUGUUUUCUGCCUUCUUAGCAGUAUUUCUUUGUUUGACAACUAGUAUGAGAAAAAUACUAAAGUUAAUACUUUAAAAUUGGUUAUCAAAAACUUUAUUUGAAGAACAAAAUGCUUUGAAAUUUUGUUAGUUGUAUUAAAAAUGCUAGAAGAUUGCUUUGGCAAACUUAAGAGGAAACUAAAGGAUUGUUACUUAGAUAUUGGCUUUUAGUUAUUUAUAAUGAUCACUGAGCUAUAAUAAAAAUUCUUUAAAAUGAAA